AUGUAUGCACCCAACAGAACAUCGAAUCUGACUGACAGUGAUGUUCAUGUUUCAAUCAAAUUCGAAGGUUCAUUCUCCAUUACUGUUAGCUGGACUUUCGCCAUGAAAAAUGGGUCUCAGUUCACUGACCGGUACAUCAAGGAUUUCGAAGUGCUACAGCUUUCAAAAGACGCCGAUGGUCAAUACACUAUUCGCCGUGUCUUGACUAAAGAUAGAAGUCUACGUCAAAUCGAUGCAGGCGUAAGUUUUUAG